GUCGCGGGUGCUGUGCCAUCGGAAGAUGUAUCUUUCCUAGUCGCCCGUAGUAGCGGUCCCGUCGUUACCUCGCAGUCACGCGCGACAGUGGAGAUACGCGUCCGGGUGUCGGGUGUCCGGUGGUGUCGGCCGGCGGCGUUGGCGCGUGUAAAUAUGAGCGGGACGGCCGGCAGCGCGACGACGAAGGUGACACCCCGCGGCACCGUACGCCGCUCGUGCACGUAUGGCAGGGACUAGGGCUCGCGAUAAGGGAGCCCCGCUUUUGUCCGAGCGCGAGCGAGCCGCCGCAGCCGCCGAGGCAGAAGAACGGAGUAGCGACGCGAUGUUGUGGCCAGCUCUGCCGAACUGUGAGAACAUAUACACAAGAGAUAGAAGCUGUAUCAAUCGCUGUGAUUUCUGAUCGUACAUGCGUGCCAAACACGAAGAUAUAAGAGGGCGUUAAAAGGGAUCCAAUGGUUUCCUGACAUGAUGGAGAGCAAAUUGUAUGUAAAGAAUGAGCCGGGACUUGAGGGGCAAUCGCUCACGAAUGCGCAGCCCAAUCCGCCGGAGGACGGCGGCGGAGCGAGGAUCUGCUUCGUCUGUGGCGCCGUGGGCCACAGCGAGCAGCACUGGCUACGAGUGAAGCCGAGUCCAGGUGGUUCGCCCAACGAGCCCUAUUUCCCGUUUCUCGAGUCGCACGAGCCGCCCAAUGGUUAUCGUGGCGACGGUGCCAGAAGCGGCGUCGUCAGGGCUUGCAAUCUUUGCUACAUCCUGCUGUUGCAGCAGUGGGAGAGCUACGAGCGAGAGGGUAGACCACACAGUCAGCGGAUUUACUGGUUGAAGAGAUGCGACGGUGGCCCGUUCACGGGGGCCGAGAUGGCACUUCAGGGCGAGUACGCCGCCCAGGUCCUCGGCUUGACCAACGAUCAGGCGCCGCAGCUCAAACAGGAGAAUCGGCCGGUUGGCAUCUCGCCGCGAUUACCACCGAAUUCACCCUCGCCGAGGGUCGAGCAGAUCAGACCGCCGUCAAAUUCGGUUGCCGAGGUGCCAAGGCCGCAUUCCAACACGACGGAAACACACAGGCACUUGGAACAAGCAAGGCUUACGAUGGAAUCUCCCCACCAUAGAUUGCAGUCACCUCAUCAAAGGUUGCAGAGUCCACGACAGCCCGUCGAAGAUGCUAGAAUAUCCAAUGAGGCGGCAUUGGAUCUGAGACAUGCACCUAGAAGCUCACCUGCGCCGCAACCCACCUUACCACCGCCUGCAGCUAUCUACAGCGGCGGAUCGUCAUCUAGCGUCGGUACGGACAUUCUGGAUUUGUCGAUGCCGGACAAGAACUCGGUCACAGAAGUCUGUUAUGUGUGCGGGGACGAAUUCAAGAGGGGAUCUCUCAGUCAUAUCGCUGCGAAGCCACUGCCAACUCCGCCGCAUCCUUCUUCCAGUCCACCGCCGUUCUUUCCAUCAUUGAUGCUUCACCCUAGACCGAGUAGAAGUCGACCUAUGGACAGUGCUGGACGUGUGCAGGCCUGUUCAGCGUGCCAGAAUCAUCUUUUAAUACAGUGGAAAGCGUACACGCGGCAAGGAGUACCGCACGGUGAUAGAAAUUAUACGCUUCGCAAGCGGCAAGCCCCUGCAAUGGAUACAACCACGUUUAUUUGCUAUACUUGCGCUCUCGAGUACCCUUCAUCCAGUAUUAGACUUCUGUAUUGCUGUCCUAAUCCAGAGAAGGAGGCGUACUAUCCUUUUAUUUAUUCUCUGAGACCUCCGCCAGGAGCUAGUCCUAUUAGUCCUCAGGGAAUGGUGCAGGUUUGCUCCAUUUGUUACAAAGCUAUCCCGCAAAAGCAGCAGGUGUUUGGUGGUGAAAAUCACGAGGCACAGCCAGCCGGGCAAAAUACAGAUUUCCGCCAACAAGGUCCUUCGCCACGGCCCGCCGUUCCGAAAUCUCCAGUCAAUUCAGCAGGUAGCGAUAUUCGCUUUAAGCCAUAUGACUUAAACAAGUCAACGGUUGCUACAAACAAGCAACGAAGCACCGUGAAAGCUCCCACGCCUGGGCAACGAAAUUCACCUAGCAACGGCCCCGCGGAAAAUGGGACUGUUGCACUCGGCCAAAAUUAUAGGUGCUAUAUCUGCGAGAGAUUAUAUCCUCGUACUCACAUGGAAUGGUUGUCUACAAGUCCGGAGGGAAUGAAUUCACAUGCUAUGCAUUUUCCUUGCUUGAGAGGAAUAGCGCGUACGUCUGAAAACGCUUGCAUGGAUAGUCACGGAAGGAUAUUGGCGUGUAGUCACUGUGUGAAUCAUCUUGCGCAACAGUGGGAAAGUAUGGAUGCUGAGCGGGUUCCUUUAGAACGGCGCAGAUAUGAUAUUCCUAGUCCACAUCCAAAUGGUGACGUGAACCGGUCAAUCGCUACGCCACCAAGCUCCAGUUCGGAUCGAACGUUCGCGAGCAAUCCAGGCACAUCGAGCAGCUCGAUUUAUUGUUUCUUGUGUGGCUUACACAGUGAUUUAACUCUGGCGAGAGUCUUGUACGGUCGACCUCAGGGUCGAAACGCGCCAUUCUUUCCGGAAUUGUUGCGUCAUCAGUCACCGGCGAAUGCCGAACAGCUCCGUGAGGAUGGCUCUGCCUUGGUGUGCACGUUUUGCUAUCAUUCAUUGUUGGCGCAAUGGCGUCAGCACGAAUCUCUUUCCGGUGGCCAGCAAGUGAACGCUGCUGAACGCCAAUACAACACUCACGACUAUUGCUGUUAUGUCUGCGGUAUCGUGACGUACAGGAAACGUGUACGAGCGCUACCGGUGAAGGACUUUCCGUUCCUGAGGUACCACAGGCAACCGGAGAAGAGCCUACUGUUAGAGAAUGGCGAUUUUGCCGUGGUGUGCUUGGAUUGCUACGAGACCUUGCGUACGCAGAGUCGCGAGUAUGAAAGAUGGGGUCUGCCUGUUGAGAAACGCGAGUAUAAUUGGAUUGUGCAACCUCCACCGCCUGAGGACAGUCCCGAUGCGGCCAUAGCUAGAUUACCAUCGGGCGAAAGGUCCGAGAAAGUGGUUCCACCGACAUUAACUGUCAAGCCAGUGCGAAAGAAUUGCUCACCAAAGGCACCCGAGAAGAAGGCACCUGUGAAAAUUCCGGAGAAGGAACAAGGUCUACAACCCGCCAGCACCAAAGCUCAGCCAACCUCGAUUGGCAAGUCCCACCGACCCAGUUCCGGCGUACUACCUCAGGGUCACACCCCGGGACCUGGACCGGGCGGGCAACAGAAUAGCAGAAGCUUCGCCGCCGCACUGAGGAACCUGGCCAAGCAGGCGGGCCCGGCACCUCAGGAAGAGGAACCCCGUGCCAGCCCGAAGAACCGGGCGCCACCGCCCUUGGUCAGAGGUCCUUCCCCUGCCAAGGAGCGGUCGACGCACGAACGAAGACCUGAAGAGAUUCCCUCCUUGUACACAACUGCCAGACCCGUUGAAACCAGCAAACACAGCGUAACUGCCGCGGCUACCGAAUUGCUGGCUCGUUCCGGUUUUCAGCCGUACCGGCCCGAGCACCAUCCGGCCCAUCCAGGACCGGCAUUCGCCUUAGACCCCGCGACCUAUAGCGCCUAUCAUCCCGGUCUCUAUCCACCGCCGCACCUGCCGCACGCUUAUAGGUUAGAGGAACAGUUGUACUUGGAGCGCUGUGGAAUGAUAAGACCGCCGUUGUUUCCCGGACUGCCAUCGUAUCCGCUAUACGGACUGAGAUACAGUCCCGACAUGCUUCCUCCGCCGCCCGCCUCCCUGGGCCUCAUGUCACCUGUAAUGCACGAACGACUGAAGCUGGAGGAGGAGCAUAGGCUGCGGCAAGCACGGGAGCAGGCUGCGUUGCGGGAGGAGGAGGAAAGGAGAAGAGCAGCGAGAACUUCUGCUCCCGCUGCCCCGGUACCCGCGCCUGCCCCUGCAUCCGCCGAUACUGCAGCUAGGAAGCCGACCAUAGCGGCUCAGAUGCAUAGCGACCGGGACCGAGAACGUGACGUUAGAGAACGACAGAGCGGGAGCAGCGGCGGCGGUGGUAAUAGCAGUGGCAACGCCAGUAACACCAGUAACAUCUGUGGGAACAGCACCAGCAACACUGGUAACUCCAGUAACAAUAUCAGCGGAUCCGCCGUCCCUACAGUUGGUAGCAGUCAUCACCAAUCCCGAAAAGAGGAGCAACAGCCCUCCGCUCCGCCAGCUGCACCACCGCCACUGCCUUCCGAUCCAACAGCAGCAGCAGCAGUCACCAUCUACCAUCCUCGUCUGCCACCCUUCCCCAAUCCAGCGGCACCCAUUGGACCUACCUUGGGUUCCACUUCCAUAUGUUCCGCCAGUUCUGCGGCCAUUCCGCCCCCUUUGGGUUCCACUUUGCCUCCUUUGAAUCUUGGACCGCCACCACCACCAGCGGCUAUAAGUUCGGCGCAGAUCUGUCCGCAAUCGAUACCAUCCAUCUCGUCCUUGACACCUGGUGUCAUAGGGCCACCGCCGCCACCUUCGCUACCCUUAGGCAUGUCUAUUCCACCUAUCAUUUCCAUUCCUUCUCUUCACUUGCCUCCCGUACCGUCGAGUACCAUUCAUUCUAGUCAGCACACAGCCACGGUAAUGAGCAACACUAACACCACUACGGUCACCAGUUCCAUUUAUCAUCAACAGCAACAACAUCAACAAGCUUUGUCGCAGCAUCAACUACGCGCAAAUAGUACAAGCGGUACAACGACUACGAGUUCUUUGUCCGGUGCAAUAACUACGGCGCCGACGCCGAUGCCGAACAACUCUUCGUCGACAUUGAACGUCAUGAAUCAUAUGACUCAUAAAUCCCCGCCAUUGUCUCACGGUGUUCAUAUAUCCAGAAGCAAAGAAUCGCAACCGUCGAUAGCUACAACGACGAUCACAGGAACGUUGCCUACAACGGCGACUGUAACUACCACAACGAGCACCACGACAACGUCACAGCCGACUUUUGUCAGACCCUUCGAGGACUCGUUUCGCUCUUCCUUAACGAAAACACAACAGAGACAACCAAUAUUGAACAGUCACAAUCAUAAUAUAGUCAAUCAGAUCGGCCAUCAUGAGUCAUCAUUGCCUUUAAAACCUACGCCCAUACUACCGAUUACUUCUCAAACCGUGGGUAGUCAAGUAAUUCAAGAGAAUUCCUCUACGAUGGACAACAAGCCCAUGAGCAAUCAACAAUCAAUUUCUCAAUCGAUUCCCUAUCCACCUCAACAGUAUCAUCAUCCGCAUAUACCUGUGUCGCACGUGCCAAGUCUCUUCAAACCGCCGCACUUUUCAACGUCAUCGUCAUCGUCGUCUCAUCAACAGCAUCAUUCUCAACCCAAACUUAAUGUACCAACGAUAAACAACAACAGCAGCAGCAGCAGCAGCAGUAGUCAUAGCAGUAGCGGCGGUACGAGCGUCACUAAUUCGACUAAUUCAAAUAUUACAAAACAACAGAACGCGCAUCACGUCAUCGAGUCUCAUCCAACGACAACCACGACAACCUCGCGAAAUGAUAGCGUAACUAAUAAUUGCGUCUCUAGUGAGAAGACAAUGACCAACAGCAAUUUCAGCGCUAACAAUCAAAUCAGUGGUGUUAGUAAAAUUGCGAAUCAUACGAGCGUACAUCAUAAAAGCAAUUCGGAUGUCGCGGUGAAGGACAGCAAGCUGAACGCGUGCAACGAAAAGAGCGUGAGCGAAAAUAUAAUCAGGCAGCCGCAGUUGCCGAAUCAGAAUCACGUUGUGACGAAUUCGCUCCAAGAAAAAAUCACGAUCUCUUCGAAUCAGCCUUAUGAACAUCAAGGAAAAAUUUCGAAAUCCUCUCAUCCGAUGAAUUACAAUCUCGGCGAGAAGGAGAAUAAAAACGAAACCAAUUGUAAUUUGAAAUCUGAUCAGAACAAUGUCUUGUCCACAUUACCAUUUCAACCAAGUUUUAAGUUCAGCAUAAGUGACAUUGCGCAGAAGCCCACGGACACGACGCAACUAAUGCAGAGCAUUAGGUCUGAGGAGGUGUUGCGCACUUGUCAGAAUGUCUCCAAUGUGCUCUUGCAGAUUCCGAAGUAUCAGGAAAAACUUUUAAAUUUUUCGACGAGCAACAACGAGACGAAGCUGAAAACGACUGCGUUUUGCUUUACCGACAAGUGCAAUAAUUUGACUGAGAUUUCCGUGAGAUGCGAACCAGCGGUGCUAAACGUGCCUGAUCUCAGCAAGGCCCUGGGCAAGCAGAAUGUCAUUAAUAGUGAAAAGGUCCUUGCCAAGCAGGACGUCACCAAUAGUGAAAAAAUCUUGGGCAAGCAGGAUGUCAUCAAUAGUGAAAAAGCUCUGAGCAAGCAAGAUGUCACCAGUAGUGAAAAACUCCUGAUCAAGCAGGAUGUCACCAAUAGUGAAAAAGUCCUGGGCAAGCAGGAUGUUAUUAAUAAUGAAAAAGCCCUGGAUAAACAAGAUGUCACCAAUAGUGAAAAGGUCCUAAGCGAGCAAGAUGUUAUCAGUAUCGAAAAGGCUCUGAUCAAGCAGGAAGUCCUUAGUAGCGAGAAGACCUUUUUGACUUGUGAAGUGAUACCUGAGGUGCCUAAGAAACUGACGUCAUCCCUCGAUCUAGCUGAGAAGAGACGUAAGCGGAGGAGGGAAAAACACUCUGGCGUCACAUGUAGCUCUGACUCGGAGGGCGAGGAGGAAACCAAAGAUGUAGAUCUUUGGAUCACGAAAGGUCCGCCAGCUAAACUACAAUAUUCGGAAGAUAAACUGGCUUUUCUAGCCAUGUUUGGGCUAACUACAUUUACUAUUAAAAAUGAGAUAGAGUUGUGUAAGGUUGAAAAGAGAUACAAAUUGAAUCCCGAUCCACCUCCAGAACUACCUCUGGAAAUAGAUCCUAUAAUUGAGUCCAUUUUACCGAUUCCACGUGAGCAUCCGGACGUUUUGCUUUACACGCCAGAUUUUGAGCCGAAAGUUGGCUUUCUCAAGACUAUAGGUCUCGAUAUUAUGCCUCCAAAUAAAAGAGAUGAGGCAGAAGCGACAUGGCAGUACGUUUUAGCAGACCGCAAAAAGCGGAAAAGCGCGAAUUCCGUUACUGCCUAUUGUGAAAGAAUCGCCAAAGUUUAUUCUAAGAAUCCUCCAGCUGUACCAAAAUCACCUCAAAAAAAGCGUCUUCUGGACAAAGUUUAUAAACAGAAACAAGGUCCGGAACGACCACCACCGCUACCACCUUUAAUUCCGGAUAUAGUUUCGAUGUACUGCCCGACUUUACCUAUGCCUGGUGAGAAUGGCGUGAAACAACACUGUAAAACUAUAGACAUCAACGAGAACACCGACGAAAUGAAUGAGAAAAAGGAAAAGGGACCGAGGUGGACCGGAAUCAUGGAUGUUAUGUUUGCCUACAGCGAGUAUAUGAAAGAAAAGACAUUGGAGAGGAAGAUUCUGACAAGCGAAAGAUCUAAACUAAUAGCAAAGUACAAUAGCUUGCAUUCCGAGACCAAUCAAUUGGAACUUAAGCUCCACGAACUCGUGUCCGUCAAAAAAGCACUUGAUUCCGAGAAGCGAAUGCUCAGUGAAAAAAUCGAAAGAAUCAACGCACUUGUUAGGAAUCUUAGAUAGCAUUGCGUACGCACAAAACGGAAACUCAUUCAUCUGUGAUAUUAUCAGCGGGUUAAGGGCCGUUAGCGUGUAAUACGCACUGCUAAACGUAACACUUAAAUAAGUAAUGAUUAAGGAGCAAACUCUUGAGUGACCAAAUGUACAGCGAUUCUUCGUGUUCUUUUGCAUAUUUUAUUAUUAUGUAGUAUAACGCGUCCCUUUUUUUUUGCCGUCGACGAUCGAUCGUGUCAAGAAGGCGGGACACCUUCGACUCUCGAUUGCUGAUUCACAGCGAUCGCAUCUGGCUUGAACACGUUACCGCGCUAAUUAAUAAUAGAUAUUAUUUUUCGCGCGUAUUGUCGGACAUCGGCGAGCGCGCCGAUCUUUAAUAAUAAAGGGGGAGUCAUAUCAACCGUACCUUACAAGGAUAUAUAUACAAAGCUCUAAUAAUUGUACAAAUCGAAUUGUAUCUCAUCCGUGGAAAGACAGUUUUUAUGAUCGUGAAAAUAAAAGGACAAAGGCUUUCUAGUUUCACAACUAACGGCUCUUACACUCCAAGCAUAAAUAAUUGUAAUUUGUAUCAUAUUUUAAUGAGAAAAAAAAUAGACAAAUCGUGUAACUUAUUUUAUUCUGCGUAAUGUGGACUUUAAAGUCGAGUACUUGGGAAAAGAAAAAAAAACAAUAAUAUAUCACGCAGUUUGUAUGUCGACCGAUUAAUAAAGUGAUAGAAAAAGAGAGGACAUUGUACACAAGAUCGAAAGGUGACAUCGACUAUAUCGGACUGACAGUGUCGAGAAACCACUCGCAUACAACAUCAGCUACGUCCGUAUGUAACGGAUUUAAUAGAUUAAAAUCGAUCGGAUCGUUUGCGAUCACUGCGUAUCCACAAACAAGAUGGAAAAAAUCCGGACGGUAGAAUGUUUUACGCGAGUUUUGAUUCAAAUUAAUGUUAUAACGACACGAAAACUCUAGUCUACAGACAGGCUAUAUGAGAAAAAAAAAGAUUGCGCGCCGAUAUGCGUAAGAUCAGAUUAGUGAGCAGUCCUUCCUUUCGAACGUGUCCACGUUCCGUUCACCGUAAUGAAUACGAAGGCCAGUGAAGAUACGGGGAGGAGCGUUAUUAACGUUGUAUAACAACACUGCAGUACUUAGAUAAUGCGACUUAAUUUUUAAAGAAGAAAAAA